GACAAGACAAACUGAUAGAAAUGGUAAAUAAGCUGCAAAGUGGAGGGAGGAGCAGCAAAGUGCAGGACGUCUCUACAUGUGGGUCAAAAAAAAUGAGUCCAUGGCUUUAGUGUUUGCCUGUCAACAGCUACUGAGACUGACGCAAGCUAGCGGAGGCAGGAGGACUGGCACGGAGUAGAACAAACCUCUCAGCAGACAAUUGGAACAGGAAGCAAGGAAGGAAAGGGUCUUUCACCCGGAGGAAGACUGGCAAACUCAUUGGGAUUGUGACAAGACAGCCACACAGUAGCUCCAGAGACCACCCAUUGUAUUAAGGGGAAAGGGGAAUUGGAUAUUUCACUUCUUCCUUUUUUUGAAAUAGUGUAGUUUUUCAACCCUUUAUUCAUCAUUUCAGUCACAGGCACUAAGAACGCAGUAAGAAGGUCCACCAAAGAUCAGAAGAUGAACAACACCGUGUCCAACAUCACCAAGUGUGUUCGGGAUACCAGCAUAACAGCUGUGGUUUUCCCCUGUCUAUACAGCAUCCUCUUUGUAGUUGCCCUAAUACUGAAUUCCCUGGCUGCAUGGAUUUUCUUCAGCAUCCCCAGCACCUCAACAUUUGUGGUCUUUCUAAAAAAUGUGGUGGUGGCUGACUUGCUAAUGACCUUGACCAUUCCUCUGAGAGUUUUAAGUGAUGCGGAUGGGGGUUUUUGGAAACUACGUGCCUUCCACUGCCGGUACUCUGCGGUUCUCUUCUACAUCACCAUGUACAUCAGCAUCCUCUUGCUGGGCCUCAUCAGCCUGGACCGCUACCUGAAAAUAGUCAGGCCCUUUGGGAAGUGUGCCCUGCAGCGGGUCCGUGUUGGUCAGUGGCUAAGUGCUGCUGUCUGGGUGGUAAUGUUAUCUUUAGCGCUACCCAACGUUAUUCUAAGUGACCAGCCACCACGGAUCUCUGGAGGCAGACUGAAGUGCACCUCGAUGAAGAGCAAAGCCGGCCUGAUGUGGCAUGAAGGAUUCAACUACUUCUGUCAGGUGGUUUUUUGGGGCACUCUGGCCUUGAUGGUGGUUUGCUACACGUUCAUCAGCAAGAAGGUUUAUGAGUCAUACAAGGCCUCUAGGAGCAGAUCUCAGGCAGCCAGUCGCAGAACCAAAGCAAAGGUCUUUGUGGUGGUGGGGGUGUUUUUCAUCUGCUUUGCCCCGUUCCACUUUGCUCGUGUUCCCUACACUCUGACACAAACCGGCAGCAUGGUGAGUCACUGCAAAGCCCAGAACGCACUCUUCAUUGCCAAAGAAACCACCCUGUGGCUAUCAGCCACUAAUGUGUGUCUGGACCCACUUAUCUACGUGUUCCUGUGUAAGGUGUUUAGGAAAAAACUGACUGCUACACUCUGCCGUAAGCCACUCCACAAAGGUACCAUGGAAUCUCCCACAGCAACAUCAACUCAACUGGAGAUGUCACAAAUACAUCACAGUAACAUAAUGUCAAAUAAUGGGAUGCCACAGUAAAACAAUGGACAGUACACAAUGGGACACAAGUGAUAACUGUAAUAGUCAAGGCAAGAUAAGACACUUCCUGAAAGAAUGUGCUAUUCUACUUGUAAAUAGCAUUUUAUCUUGAUGACAAAGGUUGUAAAACUUCUAUAAAUUAAUGCAAUGUGUUGAUAUCUAUUAAAUGAACAAUGCUGUGUAAUAGAAAAAAGUCAAACAUGUCAGGAUCAUGAAGUUGCGUGCCAACAAUGACCACUGUUUUUGAUACAGAGCUAACCAAGCAUUUCUGCCCCUUACUUGCUAAGUCAUCCAACACAUUUCCUUAAUGUGCUUAUUGUCAUUUUCUACUUCCUUCUCUCUAAUCUCGCUCAAACCGCACUUUCCCUUAACAAAACUAAAGGGUAAACAUCUCAACAGCACAUACUUUCCAGUAAUUAUACAACAAAGAAAUGUGACCAGGGACUGAAUGAUAAGAAAAUGAGCAGGGAACAAAAGACUGCAAUACACACUGCUUACAGCUGUAACUUCUGUGCUAUAUAAAUAACGAUAAUAAUAAUAAAAUUAACAUUUUUCAUACUACAA